AUGUUCUUCCCUGUUUUUCUGACGUAUCUGUUAAUAUGUCUACAACCGCUUGUCACCCUGGCUGCCCCCCAGUUGUCCCCGGACCCAAUCAACAUCAACCCAAUCACGACUCCAUGGCGUGAGACCUUUGGUCGUCCAUCGAGCUUCGAUUUCCACUGGAGCUUCAGUACAGCCGCCGUCGGCGAUGUUCAGAACCCAACCACACGAACCCAAUCAGGGGCCGAAAUAAACGUCUUCGGCGCAACCUUGCAUGCGAAUGCCGACCAGAGAGUCAUCCAUAUCCACGUGGAACCCACAGCAACCUAUUCAACGGUCAUUUUUAAUGUCUACCACAAUGGAAAUAUAGUUACCCGUUACAAUACGCUGGGGCAGGCAUCCACCAGUGACAUAAACUCGGGCUCGACAGGACAGUUCGCUAUGAUCCCGCUUCCUGAUGACGCCCAGACGAUUACAAUUUAUUGGCGUGUGGACCAAGAUUUGUAA